ACAAUACAAGCUUACGUAGAAUUAGUCUAGUUUUAGUGAGUAGUGUUACUUUUAGUUUGUUACGUGGAUUGUUCAAAUCCAAUCUAAUUUUAGUUUUUAGUAAACCGGUGACAGUUUACGUGUAUUGAUCAAUUUGGAAACUAAUAUAAUGCCACCUAAACUUAUCAAAAGGGAAAGUGGGUCUGACGAUGAGACUGAUCAUGAUAGCAGUGACAAUUAUGACACCCCCACAAAGCGAGCCAGGCUGUCAUCAUCAAAAGAGUUCAAUUCUUCUGGUUACGAAACAGAGUCAACACCACGAAGGGUGACCCGAUCCUUGCAAAUCGGAGGUGGGACGAGUUCCGCUGCAGCAAAGAGGGAAUUGAGAGGCGCGUUUGGUGACCAUGAUGACGAUGAUGAUAACAAUUCCGUUGGUGAAAGUACUGACGAUGACGAUGAUGAUAACUUGGAAGAUCCAGAUGAAAAUAUAGAUGAUGAGCAGGUGGAUUUAAGAGACUGGAAACUGGAUCAGGUUGAUUCUGCUGUUAAAAAACUACAAACACGAAUGGAUAAUAUCAAAGGAGGUUAUAGAUUGAUUGGAAUUGCACAUGUGGAGACAUUUAUGAAUGAGUAUAAAAAUGCGAAGGAUGCCACCGACGUUGUUUCUGAAAUGAGCAUCAAUGAUUAUUUUGUAACACUACCUCCUCCCACCGAUAAUCAGGAAUACAUUAAUGCAGUGGCAAAUUUAGAGAAACAGUCUAAGGCUCGGAAAAACUCCAAUGUCAAAUUAAAAUGCCCUCUGCAACCCUGUAAAACAACUUUUGCUAGGAUGGACCAUGCAAAGAGACAUGUUCUUGCAAAACAUUUGAAGAUAAAGUUGUUUUGCUGCAAAAAGUGCCCACUUACACCAUGGAAAGAUCACGCUAACAUGAAAAGGCAUGUUAUUUCCAAACAUUUUGAUCUCAAAUAUACUUGCCCGACGUGUCUCAUGUUGUUCAGCAGGAACCGCAAUGUUCACAAACAUGCAAGUCUUCGCCAUGUCACACCUACUGGAAAACUUGUAUUUCUCUCUCCAUCAAAGCGUAAGAUCGACAUGAAGCUAUUUCAGCCGGAAUAUAUUACAGUUAAAUACGGGUGCACCUAUCAACUCUAUGUCAUCCCAUGGGUGGAUAAGAAUGGGAAGUUGGUGGAUAUCAGUAUUUGUUUCACUAAAUUUGGUGAUAUCAAAGAAGUGGCUCGUAAGUUAUGGGAUGACAUAGUCAGAGCAUGUGAAAAGAUUGCAAACCAAGGAGACAAUGCAGACGAGCCCCAGAAUGAAAGUUGGGUUGAAAUGUGUGGAUCAGCCAGAGCAGAACGAGCCAAAGGUCAUGAGAUGCGUCCCGACCUUGCAUUCCCUCUUGGAGUCUACGGAGUUUCACUCAUUGUGGCGUGUCAGCUCAAAUGGUUUGCAAGACUAUAUUUUGAUGCUGUGAAGGUUCUUGCUACUGGAGACUCAAAGUACUUUGUCUAAAAGUACAACCAAGAAUUGAAAGAUCUGCUCAACGCUGCCCUCAAACAUAAGAAUAUGCCUCAAAAGAACAUUGACCAUGUUAACCUAACUGGAGCACAAUUUAAUAUGCCUGUUGAAGAGUGAUAAUUUGUUGCUGUUUUAAGAAUGAACUAUAUAGUCUAUUUGUAUUGUUGUUACAAACUUAAUAAACUCAAAUAAGCUAAACGUCUAA